ACUCACAUGGAGCUCCUGGCGCGUGCUGGCCGUUGAGACCCUUUACGGACCAGCCCGAGCAGCUUGGGGAGCGGAUCUGUCAUCGCUCGCCACCUGGCUUCAUAACUUCAGACCUACUUCUCCGACUUUUCACGGCAAACGCGAUUAGCUCCUGACUCGACCGGCCCACGGAGGCUCUGUUUACACAGUUGUCAGCCAUAAGCUCCGCCGGGACACUGUUGGGAACCGCGAAAGGACAACUCGUUUGAUUGACGUUAGAAACGUUAACGUUAACUCAACGGCUAACGGCCGCAACCGGUCCGCUGAAGGUGAUCGCUCCGGGCUGUCGAGAUGGCCGAGGAACUUGAGAACAUUCUGUCACAGCUGAUUCAGCCGGACACCGCCGUCAUUCAGCAGGCCACCGUCCGGCUGAAACAGGCUUUCAAAGACCCGGCCAUUAUACCAGCCCUGUGUGCUGUCAUGAGUGGCUCCCAAAACCCUCAGAUUCGCCAGUCGGCCUCAGUGAUGUUGAGGUUGAGAGUGAAGAAACACUGGAAGAAGAUUAGCCCUGAAGAUAGAGAGAGCCUAAAGGCAGGGGUGUUGCAGGUCUUCAUGCAGGAAACAGAGCACACAGUGCAGCACUCGCUCUCCCAACUGUGCGCUGUGAUGGUUAAACAUGAGACACCCGACCGCUGGCCUGCCCUGCUGCAGUUACUCAAUGAAUCCACCAAGAGCAGCAACCCUCAUGACCGACAGGUUGGCCUCCUGCUGCUGGAUAAGGUGCUGGAGUCUAAUCCUGAGCCUUUCCAGCCUCACUACAUCCAGCUGCUCCAGCUGUUUCAUACUGUGCUGCAGGACCUCAACAACCCAACGGCCUUGUACUACUGCAUCCUCACCCUCACAGCCAUGACUGCAUACACUGGCACAAAAGAAAUUAACCAGAUGCGAUCUCUCAUCCCGAGUCUGAUUGUUGCUCUGCGACACCUCAUCAAGGCAGAUCAGAACCAAGCAAGCAAGGCCAUGGAGGUGUUGAAUGAGCUCAUGGAGAGUGAAGUGUCCAUCAUUGUCCCUCAUGUUGCAGAAAUUGUCGGCUUCUGCUUGGAGGUGGGCAGUGCCGCCACACUGACCAACUCUCUGCGAGUGAAAGCACUGUCUUGUAUUGCCUUACUCAUCAAGAUGAAGAGCAAGAUGGUGCUGAAGCAGAAGCUGCUGUCCCCCAUCCUGCUGGCCAUUUUCCCCGUGCUGUGUGCAGCUCCCCCACCUGGGGAGCAUGACCCGGAGGAUGAGGAGGAUGACAGUGAAGAUGACACAGACAAUGACAACCCCAAACGCUGUGCUGCUCAGAUUAUCGACACUAUGGCACUCCAUAUGCCCCCAGAAAAGCUGUUUGAACAACUGAUGCCCUUCAUCCAGGCCGCCCUUACCAGUGAAAACCCCUAUGAGAAGAAAGGGGGUCUCAUGUGUCUUGCUGUGCUAGCUGAAGGAUGUGCUGACCACAUACGCACCAAGAUGCUGUCGUCAAUGCUGCAGACGGUGUGCCAGAGUCUUUCUGACACUAAUCAGGUGGUGCGCAGUGCCAGCCUGUUUGCCCUGGGACAGUUCUCCGAACAUUUACAGCCUGAAGUGAGCAAGUACUGUGAAGAGUUGAUGCCUUUGCUGCUGGGCUACCUUUCCUCCUUGAACCAGGCUAAGGUCGGCCAUGUCACUAAGGCCUUUUAUGCCCUCGAGAACUUCAUGGAGAACCUUGGAGACGGUAUUGAGCCCUACCUGCCUACUCUGAUGGACACCAUGUUGUCUGCGCUUAACAACGCUGAAAGCCUAAAGAUAAAAGAGCUUGCCGUGUCUUCCAUAGGGGCUAUAGCCAAUGCUGCCAAGGAGCUGUUGGUUCCCUACUUCACUCCAGUUAUUGAAAGCCUGAAGAGCUUCCUGACUGCCACCACAGAGGAAAUGAGGUCUCUGCAAGCGCAGUCCUUGGAUACUCUCUCUGUGCUGGCCCGGACCAUCGGCAACGAUGUCUUCCGUCCUCUUGCUGCAGAGUGUGUUCAGCUGGGCCUCAACCUCACUGAUACCAUUGAUGACCCUGAAUUGAGACGCUGCACGUACAGUCUAUUCUCUGCUGUAGCCACAGUCAGCCCAGACUGCCUGACUCCUCACCUCACGGCCAUCACAACAAUCAUGCUGCUGGCUCUCAAGUCCACCGAGGGCAUUACGGCACACGGUGAGGAGGACAAGACCUUUGUCCUGCUGGAUGAUGACGACGACGACGACGAAGAAGUGAAAGAUGCGGAUCAUUUUCUGGAAGAUGAGCCUGAGGUCGAUGUCCAUGAUGUUGCAGGGUUCACUGUGGAAAACUCCUUCAUCGAUGAGAAGGAAAAUGCCUGUGAUGCUUUGGGACAGAUUGCCUACAGCACUGGUGCUGCCUUCCAGUGCUUCCUGGAGUCCAGCUUCCAGCAGGUUUACGAGAUGAGAGAUUUUCCCCAUGAAGACGUCCGCAGGGCAGCAUUUGGCGCCAUGGGCCAGUUUUGUCGAGCUCAGCAUCGAGUGUGGGAGAGUAUUCCCACGGAGGAGAACCAUCUGGUCCUCCUGAAGUUGCUGGAUGUGGUGCUUCCUUGCUUUGUGGAAGCAGUGCGAACAGAGACCGAGCGCCAAGUUGUGAUGGGCGUCCUGGACACCAUGAAUAAUGUCAUCAAGUCCUGCAAGGAGGAGGCCUUCAAAAACCCCGAACACCUUAAAGCUGUCAGCCACGCCAUACGUGAUGUGCUUAAGAAAAAGACUGUUUGUCAGGACAGUGGUGAUGAAGCUGAUGAUGAUGACCAACAGGCGGAGUAUGAUGCCAUGCUCCUGGAGUAUGCCGGGGAAGGAAUUCCCAUCGUGGCUUCCUCUGUGCCUGCAGGCAGCUUCGCCCCUUUCCUCAACGACCUGCUGCCUCUGCUCAUGAGCAAAGCUAAAUCCACGUGCUCGGUGGCCGAGCGGUCCUUCUCUGUGGGUACGAUCGGAGAAAUCCUGCAGGCGCUUGUGAGCGUGUCCGGAGGUCAAGUGGUGGCGAACAAACUGUCCAAUCGUUUGCUUCCUGUGCUGGUAGCGGGAGUGAGGGACAGUGAUCCCGAGGUUCGCAACAACGGCGUGUUCGGACUGGGAUGUCUGGCCCAGGCAACUGGACCCAAUGGGAUAUCAGACUAUCCGAUGAUGCUGUCUGUGUUUUCCAACAUGCUGACCAAAGAGUCUGACCUCAGGGUGAUCGACAACCUGUGUGCUGCCCUGUGCAGGAUGAUCAUGACCAAUGUGGACGCUGUCCCUCUCGAGCAGGUGGUGCCCGCUCUCGUGGCUCGCCUUCCCCUCAAAGAGGACUUUGAGGAGAACAAGACGGUGUACAGCUGCCUGGCUCUGCUCUACACACACAGCCCUGCUCUGAUUGUGACCCUAAUGAAGCCCAUAGUUGCUGCGUCCAGUCAUGUCCUUUGCACAAAGGACAUUAAUGAAGACGUGCAGCACACUUUAGCCAUGCUGAUGAAAGAAUUUUCCCGGCACCACUCUGCAGACUUCCAAGCGGCUGUGACCUCACUUCCUGGAGAGCAGCAGGCCAAAUUAAGUGCGGCCGUCUCUGCCUCAUAGCCGCGCACAGCCUUCCACUCUGAAAGCCAGCUAAAACAAUACAUUUGUAAACUGUAGGUGGAAAAUGGGACGGUUGUUUGUGACGUCUCCAAAAUGAUCUAAAUACAGCGCUUCCACUAUUCUAAUCACAUUUGAGAGUUUUGCAAUCUGAGUAUUCACUUUUAAUUUAUCGCUUGUUCUGACGUUUUAUUGUUCUAAACAGUUACGGUUUGCCAUCCGGUGUUACCAUUGUACUUUGUUGUUCCUGUAAAGUGCUGAUAUUAACUGCUGCUAUUGUUUAGUCACGCUUCUGGCUUUGCUAUCUGAGUGGGAAGCAAUGAGUUUGAACCCCUGAUAAAUGUAAUUUUCUUUCUUUGAAA